CAAACAUUUUGUAUAAAUUGUGAUUCGACGACCUUUUUGCAUACUACGUCCAUAAUGAUGAUUCUGUUUGAUAGAAGAUAGCGCCAUACUACUAAAAUAAUUUUCAAGUAGUAAGAAGUUUUUGGAAACAACUUCUAAACUAAACUUAAAACUACAAUAAAACAUUGCAAUGAAUGCUGAACAGCAGUUGCAUCAUGCAGUGAAGGAAAGCAAUGUGAGCCAUAUACAUACACUCAUUCACAGUGGUGCCAACAUCAAUGGUCUGUUCUAUGGCUGGACACCCUUGCAGUAUGCAAUCAGUUUAGCACAUGGAGAUAUUGCAUUAUUGCUCAUUGAGAUGGGAGCUGACAUACACAAACUUCAUCAUAAAACAGACGGGUGUGCAUUGGAAGGUGCAAUAAAAAAGAAACUGUCAAAGGUUGUGAAGGCCUUAUUGGAUGGUGGAACAAACCCCAACAAAUGUCUGUCUGACGGGAAUCCUGCAAUAUUCACAGCCUUAGAAAUGGAAGACAAGGAUAUCCUGAAAAUACUAUUAGAAAGUAAGGCAGAUGUGAACCUUGUGAAUAAGAAUGGAGAAUCAGCAUUGUACCUAGCAAGUCGAGAUGGGCUGAGUGAUAUCUGCCAGAUACUUAUUGGGGGUGAGGCUAAUGUGGAUUUCCAGAGUCCAGAGACGGGCAAUCAGACCCCUCUGAUCGUGGCCACUGCUAAUGAACACAGCAAAGUGGUAAAAAUUUUGCUCAAGAAUGGGUGCAAUACGAACCUGCAGGACGCAGACAGCUGGACAGCGCUGUGGCAUGCAUACAGUAACAGUGACGAGGACUUGAUGAACCUGCUGCUCAAGUCUGGGGCUGACAAGGGGGUACCUGACGCAGAUGGACGGACGCUACUCGAGGAUGCGGUGGAGAACGAAGAUGAUAGUGUUGUAGAACUCUUGCAACGGUUUACACAUCAUGGGACUAACUGAUGGGAAAUUGCAUUUGCAUGUUGGCUGUUGAGUCAAAAUCUCUUCCCCAAUGUGGAAAUGAUGCAUUUAUGACUUUCAUUAGAAUCUGCAGCUGUAUGAAGGCUUAUCAUAAAAUCACCACAUGUUAACAAAAUGUUUUCAUAACAUUAUAUGUAUGCUUUUGAUGUAGGAACAGUCAUGAUGUAUUAAGCUAUAUGUAUGCUUUUGAUGUAGGUAUUUCAGUUGAUAUGUAUUCAUGUUUUUUAAUGCUCAUUUAAAAAAGGGGGGGGGGUGCAUAUUAUGGGAACACUAGUGGCAGCCUACAGGAACACAUUGUCUGCUCAAUGACUCAAACACAUUAAAUCACAGCAUCAUUCAACAUUUUGAUAAUGUGCGUGUGUAUAUAAUAUCUUGACUGUGUGUGCUUGAAGCACUUCUGUAUUACAGCCCUUGAAAUAUUAGAAAAUGACCAAAUUAACAUUGUAGCUCUCUUACUCAAACAGAUUUAAUCCAAUCAUAAUUAAACUUGGUGAUGCUGUUUGUGGAUAAAACAUCUCGGCAAUAACCAGCCAGGCCAUAUGGAUCACUUCUGAAUUAUGGCCCUUGAAUUGUAAAAAAAGGGAACUAAAACUUAAAGCAUUAUUCAAGUAAAACAGAUUAAAUCUGAUUAUCAUGACACUCUGUGAUGAUGGUUGUCAGCGUAAUAUCUUAGCCAAGUUCAAUAACUAAAAUGGCUUGAAGCACAUUUGAAUUGCGCAAAAAAACAUGUCCGCUCAUUAACUCUAAUAAUUGAAAUUGUAUCAUUAUUGUUCUUGGUCACAAUGUUUGUAGGCUACUAUGUUGAUCAUACCUCAAUUACUCCUAUGAUAUCAAGCCAGCUUGCCUGAAGCUUUUCGCAUUUCAUUUUUCAUUAUCUGAAAACUGCUACAUUAAAGUUUACCUUUUAACUAAACUCGUUUUAAUCUUACAAUUAUCAAACUUGAUCAUGUAAUCCAUAUCUUUUGACGGGUAUAUUUUGUAACAAGUUGGCACUCUUGUUUACUCUGUAAGUACUUUGCAUUUUUUUCAUUUUAUUAACACAUUAAUAUACAAAAUGUAUGCAUAGUUUCAAAGCUAAUGUUAAUAAUAUUAGUGUAGAGCAAUAAAUAACUGCCAAAUAA